UCAGUACAUAUUCUUUUGUCGAACUUAGCCACCUCGCCUAUUUCAACAUGGCGGCCCCUGGCAGAAGGGUUCUUUCUUCCUGGAGUUGUAUUUUACAACUCACUGAUAGAUCACUGAUCACUAGAGGUUUGUUUCUGUCCUCUUCAAAUAAUAUAUCUACGUCAUCUUGUGAUCUGAAGAAGACCCCCCAUACUGUUGGAGUCCCGGCCUGGGCCAAAGCUGCUCAGAGGAGGUGGCGUAGCCUCACUAAACUUGACAAGCCAAAGACCAAAGAACAAAUAGAGGCUGAGUACCUUCUAUCCAACAACCCAGAAAAGCUUGAUUUCUACACAUCAACAAAAAAUGCUAAACCGAAAGACACAACAACAGAUAAUGAGCCUGAAAUGGUUCUCACAAAGAACAGGAAAGCAUUUGUCAUCUACCACCCAAAGAAACAUGAUCCACAUGAGUUACUCUACUCUAAGGAUGCUACCAUCACACCCUGGUGGGAGCUUAGCGCUGAUGAAGUCAAGAAUUACAGAGACACAUUAACAGAUGAAGAGGUAUCAGAAGCAAGAAAGCUGCGAAGUAAAGACCCCCUGUUAUGGACUGUAAAUGCGCUGAGUCGCCUCUACAAGGCAAAACCACUAGUGGUCAUGCUAGCUGCACCUUUGACAGAUGAGCAAAAAGAAGAGGUUGAAAUUGAAAGAAAAUUGCUACAACAAUGGUCUGACUAUAAGAGAAAAUAUUAUAGGGCCAACCAAGAAGUGGAAAGACAGAAUUACUUUGAAAAGACAAGGGGCCUUGAGAUGAACCGUGCCCUUGGCCUGAAACAGUAACGGCAAAAAGAGUCAGUUAUAAAAUUUAGGUGUUUCCAUAUCAGAGUGAAAGGAUUUUCUCAUUUACUGAAAAAGCUAUCUGUGUUUUAAGGGUAUGGUUUAGGAAAAUUGUCGGUCCUAUUUGUAAAAACUAUGUUAUAAGAGGUCAAAAGAAUAAAUUAACUUAUCGUUUGAUA